GAAUGUCGGUCGUUGGUCGAGUUGUAGUGCGUAGCGUUCGCCAAAAUUGUGUUUCUCGUUCGGUUGCCGUCAGUUUUUGGGUUUCGAAACCGCAUCCCUAGUCUGCUGGGCAAACCGAGACACGGUGUGUCUGUUGUGUGCGCGUCGCCAGCCGCAGCCAUCCGUGAGGAAGAAACCCUAGCAACAACGUAGCCUACUACUACGCUUCAGUAUUAUUUCUGGAAAGUCGGAUUCUAUGAGUAGAAAUAUGACUAUUCCGUCGAGACCAGCACCGCCGCCGCCGCAACAGCGUAACACAACCUCCACCGCUUCGCGCUACACUCCAACGACCGACUGGGAUUUCUGUACGUUUGGUUCGAGCCCCGCAUCAUCACCCGGAGAUGGCGGCCAUCACCAGCAGCAGCAGCAGCAGCAAAAGAACGUGGUGAAGGCAAAAAAACCUCCACCACCGAGGCCACCACCACCGAAACUUCAUCCGCCCAAUCCGUCGUCGGCGAUUCCGGCACUCAAAAAGCCGGCCCAACCACAAUCGAUAAACAUUCUGUCGAGUCUGUUUGGCCAAAAGCGUUCCUCGAAUGGCUCGGGUAUUGCUAAGCCGGUACAGUCGUCAGUACAGAAAUCAAGUUCCAGUUCCUGCGUGCCCAUUAAGUUGCUGCCACCACCAUCGGCACUCCCGUCCGGAUCGAGCCGAGCGGGCUUCAAUGUUGCGUCGUACGGCGGUACACUGUCGACUGCGGCCCCACAGAACGGUGGAGGAUGCGCCGAGAUGCAACUUAUCACCUUCGACUCACCGCCCAGUUCGCCGACAUUUACGCAGAAAUCGUGCAGCGACUGCAUCAGUGUCGAUAGCUUCAGUUCCGACUCAAACUACUCGUCCCCGAACGGUGGCAACAUGUCCCAAGCAGAGAGUGGUUUCGAGGACGAUUUUGUUGCCAGUGGCGGCCGGGUGGGCUCGGGCGUUCCGUGGGGCGAUGCCGCUUCUAGCCCGCGGUGCGGUGAUCCGUUCGAGUCGAGCCACGCGGGAGGGGGCCCUCUAAUCUAUGCGCCUCUUCCGCUGACCACGGCGCAGAUGCGGGCACCGUUGUUCAACAGCAAGCUUCAACAAUCGGACUUUGUCGAUCCACUGUGCAACGGACGGAGUGCGACGUCCAAGGUGCCGACGGUGUCAAUGCCAACGAUCAUUAAACCUCCUUCGGCGGCGACGGCCACCGGAAGUCAAAAGUCCACCCCGGUGCAUUCGCGAAGUGGUGACAGCGGCAACACUUUCCUUCAGCCAGCGAAAGGAGCGGCAACGUUCGUCGAUCACUUCGCACCGGAAGUGGAUGCUUUCGAUUCGCUUCCCUCCUUACCGAUGCCGACCAUUCCACCGCCACCACCGCCCCAGUCCGUGGCAAUCACGCAAACGCCAGCAGCCGUCGUCCACGGUGUCCAAGAAGAACCGUACGGUAUUGCGUUGUACGAUUUUGAAGGCGAAACGGUCGAAGAUCUUUCACUCAAGGUUAACGAGAAGAUUUAUCUGCUGCGACGAUUAAACGCUGAAUGGUUUAUGGGUCGUGACCGCCGUGGCCUUGAAGGGAUGUUUCCCGUUAGCUAUGUCGAUGUGAAGGUUCCACUUUCUGAUGUGCCGGCCCCCGACCCGGCAUCGAAUGCUGCGGUGCCCCGCACAGCUCGCCAAAGUGACAAGGUGCGAGCACUGUAUCACUUCGCGGCCGAAACAGCGGAAGAUCUGACGCUCGUGGAAGACGAUCUCGUCACGGUCCUGUACCAAAUCACGCCCGAGUGGCUGUAUGGUGCGGUCGACGGUCGAAAGGGUCAGUUUCCGGCCAACUUUAUCGAGUACGUGCCGCCAAAUUUACCGCCAUUGCCGGCGGCUGGAGUGUAACAGCCGCGCGUGUGUAUUAGCAAACCAAAUACUACACCCAAAACGGAUCGAAUCUCGAGAAUAUUCCUACGGUCGGAAGGAGAAUGCGGCGGUCCAUUUUCUCCCCGCCGUACAGCAGACACACACGCACACAUCACACCACACCUCACAUUGGCCCCACAUCACAUCCGGUAAACCGCGUAGAAGCUGUGAUUGAACGGGAACGAAGGAGAAGAAGCGUGUUUUGCUUGUGGCCAUGAUGACGGCAGUUUUUAUAAUGGUAUGUGGUGCGCGAGCGGGUGAGCCAUCGUUAGUUAGCUGAUAAUAGUGGUGAUAAAUAGAUAAACAAACAUAUUUUCACUUCACAACCUGCCUCACCUGGCUGGCCGCUGUGUGCAAAAUAUUGGUACAACAUAGAGAGGGAAUGCACAUUUAACAGAGUAGGGUUAAAUUAGUACGAGAACGCGUGGAGGCCGAAUUGUGUAUUGUGUGGUCCUCGCGAAAGCUGGCCACAACAUUCGGACUGUAGAAACUAAAUUGUAAAGUACCCAAAAACACUACAACUAAAACACGAUGCGCGGCUGCCCUCGGAACUUUUCGAAAAAGUGGGCCCGGCCAUUUUUAGUGGCCACAUUUUUCGGCCGCUCAAUUGGGCGGCUGGUGUGAUGGGCGAUUUCGUGUGAUUGUGCAUUUUGUAUUAAGCAUUAUUAAUAAAGACAUUUUUCCAAAAA